UCUCUCCGCUAUGCAUCUGUCCACCUUUUACCGUGUUGUGCCGUUCAUCUCCUCUCUGCUCGAGGAAAAAGCCCAAAACCCGGUCCUAUAUCGUAGUGGACCAGAAUCUGAGGCUAGCUCGGAGCUAAAAGAAGCUGAAGACAUGGCCACCGCAACAAAGCUGGUGUCGUUAGCUCUUUUCUGGGUCCUGAUUCUGUUCGGAACCCUAGCUAUCAUCCAGAAUAGAUUAAGCGAUGCCGGUGUCUUAUCUGAGGAAAGUGUUAUUAGAAGUCAGCCCCAGGAGAAAAACAAGUUGGAGGAGGAUCUGGAGGAAGUGACCAACAAAGUGUUCUUCGAUAUUAAAAUUGGUGGAAAAGAUAUGGGUCGCAUAGUCAUAGGCCUAUUUGGUAAUACAGUUCCUAAAACUGCAGAAAACUUUCGAGCUCUUUGCACGGGGGAGAAAGGAAUGGGAAAGAGCAGGAAGCCUCUCCAUUACAAAGGGAGCACAUUCCAUAGAAUAAUUCCCAGCUUUAUGAUCCAGGGGGGUGAUUUUACUCUUGGCGAUGGGCGAGGUGGAGAGUCAAUCUAUGGUGCAAAGUUUGCCGAUGAGAACUUUAAACUAAAGCACACUGGGCCAGGAAACCUGUCGAUGGCAAAUGCUGGGCCAGACACCAAUGGAUCACAAUUUUUUAUUACCACUGUCAAAACUGGAUGGUUGGAUGGGCACCAUGUUGUAUUUGGCAAGGUGCUUUCUGGGAUGGAUGUUGUCUACAAGAUUGAAGCAGAAGGAAGCGGGAGCGGCGCGCCUAAUCGCAAGGUUGUCAUUUCAGACAGCGGUGAACUUACUAUGUGACUGACUGCCCUGCAUAUCUUAUGCUUAGUGAGAAGGGAACUCUCAUUUUCCAAAACGCAUUAUAUUCAAGUUUCUGCAGUACCCCACCCCCAACCUUCAGCUGCAAACAAUACCAAAACUUUCUUGUAUAAUGUCCAUUUAAUAGGAAUUGAUUCUUUAAAAAUAGAGAUGAAUUAUAUUAUGGUAAAA